AUGGCGGAAAAGAAGGAGCACGUCGUCUUCUUCCACCCCGACCUGGGCAUUGGCGGGGCGGAGCGCCUGGUCAUCGAUGCCGCAGUCGGCCUUCAGAAUCGCGGGCACAAGGUCACCAUCUUCACAUCGCACUGCGACCCGCAACACUGCUUCGAUGAGGCGCGCGAUGGAACCCUCGACGUACGAGUGCGCGGAAACACCAUCGUCCCUUCAACCAUCUUCGGCCGCUUCGCUAUACUCUGUGCCAUCCUGCGCCAGGUGCAUUUGAUACUCCAGAUUGCCCUGUUCACCGAAGAACUCCCAAAACUCGCGCCUUCCUCGUUCUUUGUCGACCAGCUCAGCGCUGGCAUUCCGCUCUUGCGCCUGCUACAGCCCCGCCCACGUGUCAUCUUUUACUGCCACUUUCCCGACAAACUACUAGCCAAGAAGGGCGGACUGCUGAAGACACUAUACCGUGGGCCUUUUGACUGGCUCGAGAGCUGGAGCACGGGAUGCAGCGACACCAUUGUCGUCAACAGCAACUUCACCAAGAGCAUUUUCGGCGAGGCCUUUCCUGCCCUGAAGCACCGCGAGCCUGGCGUUGUAUAUCCCUGCGUAGACAUCACCGCAGCCGAGUCGGUCGACGAGGUCACGCCGUUGUGGAAGAACAAAAAGGUGCUCCUCAGCAUCAAUCGCUUCGAGAAGAAAAAGGACGUAGCACUUGCAAUCAGGGCAUUUGCGGGCUUGUCGCCUAGAGAGCGCGAGGAUGCACGGCUGGUAAUCGCAGGUGGCUAUGAUCCCAGAGUGCCCGAAAAUGUUUCUACAUAUACCGAGUUGUGCCACCUGGCAGAUUCACUCAAGCUGAAGCACGCGACUGCUAAGACCGUCAUCACUGCCCAAGCCAUUCCUGACGACAUUCCGAUUCUUUUCCUCCACUCUGUUCCGAAUGCUUUCAAAGCCGCGCUACUACAUACCUCGCGCCUCCUUGUGUACACUCCUUUGCAUGAGCACUUUGGCAUCGUACCGCUAGAAGCCAUGUUGGUAGGCACACCGGUCUUAGCCGCUAAUGAAGGUGGACCCACUGAAACAGUCAUAAGCGGCCAGACAGGUUGGCUGCGAGACGUCGCCAAGGUACAGGACUGGACCGAGGUCAUGCGCAUUGCGCUCGAAGAUGGCGAAGGUGAGGAACGGCUGAAAGAGAUGGGCAAGUGGGGCAGGGAUAGAGUUGUGGCCGAAUUCUCCAAAGAGAAGUUGGCUGAGAGGCUGGAGACGGAGAUCAGUGGCAUGAUGCAGAAGAGUGUUCGCCCGCCACUGAUACCAUUUGCCGCAGUCAUUCUAGCUGUAGGCUUGAUGGGCGCCCUGGCUGCAGUGAGCAUGGUACUAGCUUUGAAACAAUAG